GAUAUCAGCGAAUGAUUUUAGUGCGUGCGUGCGUACGAGCAACAGAGCUUUCUCAAAGUGAAAUAUAAGGUGACUGGGAGCGAGAAGCGGCUAUUCGAGAUAAGAUACCACUGCGCAGAAGAUCGAGAGGGGAAAGUACAGAAGAUCCAUAUAGAAAGGAAGAAGAAUGCUGUCAAGAUCAGCUGUCUCAAGAUGCUUGAAGUCCCUCGUGAGGACGUUCACAAGCGAUUGUGCCAAGCCGUACAGUGUUCCUGACUGCCCGUGGGGAGCAAAUAGAGCCGCGAGGCUGGAGCUGGCUGCUACCCACAGGGUACUUGACACCUUGAACCUAAACGAAGGCGUCUGCAACCACCUGAGUGUCAUGGCACCAAGAGCCGACGGGAAGGGCGAAGGAAUGCUGGUCUUCCCCUACGGCCUUCACUGGAGGGAGGUGACAGCAAGUAACCUGGUGUGUGUCGAGUACAAAGACGACAACGUUAACAUUCUGGAAGGAGGAGAAUUGCCCGAAGUUGCAGCCUCUUGCAUUCAUUUGGGUAUCAGGAUGUCUCGACCAGACGCCAAGGUCAUAUUGCAUGUGCACAUGCCAUACGCCACAGCAAUAGCGUGCAUGAAGGACCCCGAGCUUCUGAUGAUCAGCCAGAACGCCCUUCGGUUCUACAACAGAGUGGCUUACGAUAACAACUAUACUGGCAUCGCCAUAGCUAUCGAAGAAGGAAAGCGCCUUGGAAAAGCUCUUGGAGACAAAGACAUCCUGUUCAUGGGUCAUCACGGAAUAGUCUGCGUCGCCCCGACGGUAUCCCUGGCCUUCGAUUUGUUGUACUACCUAGAAAGGUCAGCCGAACUUCAGGUCCUUUCUUUAGCGAUGAACAAAGAAGUGGGGAUAAUCCCGGAGGAUGACUGCGCGCGCAUGUCCGAGGUCUUCUGGAGGCAUAUGCAGAUGUACGCCGACACCCACUUCUACGCACAGUACCGCCUUCUGAGGAAGACUCAGCCCGAUUUUGAACUCUAGAGUCUAGAUUAGAGUCUAGAGUCGUGGUGGCAGCCAGAGUCGUUCCAUUGCGACUGCGCAGUGGCGCUAAGUCAAGAAGAAUGUGGUUUGUAAGCACUCACGGUCUAGACUCUAGACCGUGGUAGCACUGUCAGAUUUGCAGACAUCGAACUCAGGGAUUUGAAUCGCAAAUUCUUAUCUUCUUCCUGAUAUGUUACCAAAACACGUUCCUCAUUAUCUCUUACUUUACAAAUGUAGUUUAUAGCAUAUACGACCUGUGCUGAGAAAAUGGUGUGACAGUUACAAUAAAAUAGUUUAUUCACA